AUGUUGACUCUAUCUAAUGCCGGGUGCCGGCAGGGCGCGCAGACUAUUAACGAGGGCGAUGACUGGAUAGGAAAGAAAGACCCCAAAGAACGACGUCGCAUCCAGAACCGGCUGAAUCAGAGAGCAGCCCGUCAGCGGAAGAAUCCUGAGAAGUGGACGCCUUUACGCGGCAGGUUGGGCGAUAUCGCUCAGGGACAUCAGACACUGCAGACUCCUCGAUUUCCCCUAGAACAUGCGGAUGAGGGCCCAGCUUCCGACUGCAAUCCCCACCAAGGGGCUCCUGUCGGAGUUUUUCCCGAUCAAUCGGCCCGUGGGACGGAUCGUCUUUCUUCUACGGACGUACUUCUCGCCUUCUCCGCCGACCGUCUUCUAACACUUGUUCACUUCAACGUGUUUCGAGGUCUCCUGACUAACAUGCUUCUGCUCCGCCUCCCUAAUCUCUUCUCCUGCGAAGUCGCUACGAAAGAGCCACUCCUAAUCUCCGCCCUCCCGUUACCGUCGUUGCUUCCGCCAGCGCUCUACCCGACACCUCUACAGCAACGCAUUCCACAUCACCCUUGGAUCGACCUGUUCCCGGUUUCCAAAGUACGUGAUACCCUUAUACAGGCCACUGGCUCAUUCGACUCCUGCGAGCUUUGCAUCGACGUUCUCGGAAACAUGGUUGAGAAGAACUUCGACAGGAGCGAAGCGAUGAUGGCCUACGAUACAUAUGAGGGAACAGACAGGAGUAUGAUCGUUUGGGGUGACCCAUGGAACAUCGCUUCUUGGGAGGCCUCUGAAGGUUUUCUUCUCAAGUGGGGCUGGAUGUUCCAGGGCUGUAGGGAAGCAAUAUUGCACCCAACAAAUCACUGGCGGAGUCUCAGAGGUGAAGAGCCUUUGAUGUGA